AUGGCUGUGAAGAUGGCGUCGGCUGCGUGGCUUCAGGUGUUGCCUGUCAUUCUUCUUCUUCUGGGGGCUCCCACGUCCCCACUGUCACAUUUCGGUGUAGGACCGGCAUCCGUGGCAGCUGCCGACCGAUCCAAGUGGCACAUACCGAUAUCGUUGGGGAAAAAUUAUUUUAGUUUCGGAAAGAUCCUCUUCAAAAAUACUACUAUCUUCCUGAAAUUUGAUGGAGAACCUUGUGACGUAUCUUUGAAUAUAACCUGGUAUCUGAAAAGUGCUGACUGUUACAAUGAGAUAUACAACUUCAAGACAGAAGAAGUGGAGACAUACUUAGAAAAUCUUAAGGAAAAAAAAGGCUUGUCUGGGAAAUAUCAAACAUCAUCAAAAUUGUUCCAGAACGGCAGUGAACUCUUUAAAGCACAGAGCUUUUCUGGGGAAUUCAUACAUCGAUUGCCUCUCUUAGGAGAAAAACAGGAGUCUAAGGAGAAUGGAACAAAUCUUACUGUUACUGGAGACAAAACUGUAAUGCAUGAUCCAUUGAAAACUUGGCAAGAUGCACCAUACAUUUUUAUUGUACAUGUUGGCAUUUCAUCCUCUAAGGAAUCAUCAAAAGAAAAUUCCCCAAGUAGUCUUUUUACCAUGACUGUUGAAGUGAAAGGUCCCUAUGAAUACCUCACACUUGAAGACUAUCCUCUGAUGAUUUUUUUUAUGGUGAUGUGUAUUGUAUAUGUCCUGUUUGGUGUACUGUGGCUGGCAUGGUCUGCUUGCUACUGGAGAGAUCUCCUGAGAAUUCAGUUUUGGAUCGGUGCUGUCAUCUUCCUGGGAAUGCUUGAGAAAGCUGUCUUCUAUGCAGAAUUUCAGAAUAUCCGAUACAAAGGAGAAUCUGUCCAAGGUGCCCUGAUCCUUGCAGAGCUGCUUUCGGCUGUUAAACGCUCACUGGCUCGAACCUUGGUCAUCAUAGUCAGUCUGGGAUAUGGCAUUGUCAAGCCUCGCCUUGGUGUUACCCUUCACAAGGUUGUGGUAGCAGGAGCCCUUUAUCUUUUGUUCUCCGGCAUGGAAGGGGUCCUCAGAGUUACUGGGCAUUUUUCUUAUCCCUUGGCUUUGAUAGUAAACCUGGCCCUCUCAGCAAUUGAUGCCUGUAUUAUUUUAUGGAUAUUUAUUAGUCUGACUCAAACAAUGAAGCUAUUAAAACUUCGGAGGAACAUUGUAAAACUCUCUUUAUACCGACAUUUCACCAACACGCUUAUCUUGGCAGUGGCAGCAUCUAUUGUGUUUAUCAUCUGGACCACCAUGAAGUUCAGGAUAGUGACUUGUCAGUCGGAUUGGCGGGAGCUGUGGGUAGACGAUGCCAUCUGGCGGUUGCUAUUCUCUAUGAUCCUCUUUGUCAUCAUGGUUCUGUGGCGACCAUCUGCAAACAACCAGAGGUUUGCCUUUUCACCAUUGUCUGAGGAAGAGGAGGAGGAUGAACAAAAAGAACCAAUGCUGAAAGAAAGCUUUGAAGGAAUGAAAAUGAGAAGUACCAAACAAGAACCAAAUGGAAAUAGUAAAGUAAACAAAGCACAGGAAGAUGAUUUAAAGUGGGUAGAAGAGAAUGUUCCUUCAUCUGUGACAGAUGUAGCACUUCCAGCUCUUCUGGAUUCAGAUGAGGAACGAAUGAUCACGCACUUCGAAAGGUCCAAAAUGGAGUAGGAAUGGGAAGAUUCGCAGUUGAAGAUGGCUAGUGACUGGGAAGAGAUCAGCUUCUGUGUCAGUCUCUGCACUGCUCCGUGGGAUUAAAGGAGGCAAUGACAUCCUGAUCUGUUCCUUGAUCUUUGUGCAUUGGAGCUGGCGAAAGGUCUUGCAACAAGGAGAGCAUUCUAUUGAAAACAAGUUCAUAGGAUGAGAAAAACUUACAAGUUUUUUAUUUGCAGCAUUGAUGCCCCUUUCUCUUCCUUACCCUGACGUGGAUGUUUAUGCAACUUUUAUAUAUGUUGUUCCUGAACCUCCUAUAAUGUUUAAAUUGUUUAAUCUGCACACUAAAAAGUUUAACAUCUCCUAAAGAACUAUGACAUCAAUGUCAUAAUAUGUAAUAUCCAGGAGCAACUGCCUGUAAUUUUUAUUUAUUUAGGGAGUUAAAUAGGUGAUGGGGGAAAUUGUUAAUUAUUUUUGCAUUUCCUGGGAAGCCAAGGUUAAAUCUUGCAGACGUAGUUUUGAGAAAAAAAAAGAAUCCUUUUGUGUUAAGGAGCCACGGUUCUAUCAAUGAUUAAAAGAACAACAAAAAAAAAA